AUCAUCAAAAGCUGUAACCAUUAGUAAGGAUCUUCAAACUGAAUCUUUGUAUAUAGAUGAUGAUGAAAAUGAUAAUAGAAAUUCUACCUUCAAUGAUUAUCGAUCAGAUAACACUAUUGUAGCUAAUGUUACUUUUAGUGAUAGUAAGACUGCUAACCUCUUAACAGAUUUUAACGCUUAUAGAACUCCUGAGAGACAAUCAGAUCUAUUCUCUUCUAAAACACGAUAA